CAACACGGACAACAAAGAUAUUACUCGGCACACACGAAUGAUGAAGCAGCAACAGUGAAGAAGACAACGAUAUUGGAUAUAAAGAAGAAGUUUGCUAAAUCGAUACCUAUUUCAAUGGUGACAGCUUAUGACUAUUGCAGUGCAAAGGAGGUGGAUCGUGCUGCGAUUGACAUUACAUUGGUGGGCGACUCACUUGGCAUGGUGGUGCUCGGCGAAAAGGGCACAACGAACGUCACGAUGGACCAGAUGGUGCACCACUGCAAGGCCGUGAUGCGUGGCACCACCCGUGCAUUCGUCGUUGGUGACAUGCCCUUUGGCAGCUUCGAGACGUCGCCCCGUGACGCCGUCCAGAACGCCAUACGACUGAUGAAGGAGGGCGGUGUCGACGCCGUCAAGCUCGAGGGCGGCAAGAAGCACAUGGACAAGGUUAAAGAGAUUGUCAAGGCUGGCAUCCCCGUCAUGGGUCAUAUUGGAUUGACGCCACAGUCGGUCAGCGCAUUUGGUGGCUUCAAGCUGCAGGGCAAGACAUCGAUCGAGGCAAUGAACAUCAUGGAGGACGCACUGGCGCUACAGGAGGCUGGCUGCUUUGCCAUCGUCAUCGAGAUGGUGCCCGAGCUGGUGGCUGCCAACAUCACCCAGCGUCUCUCUGUUCCAACGAUUGGCAUUGGCGCCGGCGCCGGCACGAGUGGACAGGUGCUGGUCUAUCACGACAUGCUUGGACUUUAUUCAGACUUUGUGACCAAGUUCUGCAAGCAGUACGCCACUCUCUCGCCCACCAUCAAUGAGGGUCUGAAGAACUUUAAGAAGGAGAUUGAGGAGCGCAAGUUCCCUCUGCAACAGCACAGCUUUGCAAUGAAGGAGGAGGAGGCCAACAAGUUCAUUCAAUCACUCAGUGUACAGGAUCAACAAAAUCAACCAGCAGUCAACAACACCAACAACAACAGCAAUAGCAGUACCAGUGAUAUGGGACGUGGAAUUGUAAACAAUAGUGAGAAUAUCAGUGCAAUGUUGAAGGAGCUGCGACAAAAGGAGAAGGAGAUCGAGGAGGCUAUCUUGGCCGCGUCAAAGGCCACCGCUGCUGUAUCGGCCACCUCUGCUGCCAGUCGCAUUGCAGUGUCACAGGCAUCACUCAAGGUUGAACCAGAGCGAUACCAACUAUCAAUGCAUGGUACCAGGAGGCCAAAGAUCGUGGUCAUUGGAGCUGGUGCCAUGGGUAGCUACUUCAGUGCCAAGCUCGCCGCCAAAGACUUUGCCGAUGUCUGGAUGGUCUCUGCUUGGAAGGAGCAUGUUGAGAGGAUCAACAAGAAUGGAUUGAACUUGAUCAACUUGGAGGGAAGACCAGAGUCGAUUAGAACUGUGAGAGCUACACUUGAUGCCUUGGACGUGAUCAAGGAUGGCUAUCCAGAUUUGUGUUUGGUCUUGGUCAAGAGUCAUUCAACCAAACAGGCAUCGAUCACUGCUGCCAAGAUGGUUGGUGGCAACCCCAAUGCAAUCGUGUUGACCCUGCAGAAUGGCGUUGGAAACAGAGAGGAGAUCGAACAGACAAUCAGCGAGAAGGGAUACAAGAACAAGGUGUGGCAGGGUGUCACGAGCAAUGGUGCCGUCAUGGAUGGCGCCGGCACAGUCCGCCACACUGGCAGCGGUCUGACAUACCUCGCAUCACCAUCGUUGCCCGAUGCACCCGAGGCCAACCUCGAGCCACAGACACUGGAGGAGUACCGCGCUCUCCAAGCACUGGGCGCCAUCUUCAACGACGCUGGCAUCUCGAGUGAGCUGUCCUACGACGUCGAGAGUCUGGUGUGGAGCAAGGUGGUGGUCAACGCGGCCAUCAACCCCCUGUCGGCCGUGCUCGGUGUGCCCAACGGCUACCUGGUCAAGGACGACUACUCCAAGAACCUGAUGAAGAAGAUCAUCGUCGAGGGAAUGGAGGUGUGCAAGGCCAAGGGCAUCAAACUGCCCUACGGCGAGGACACCGAGGAGGGCUUCAAGUAUGUGGCCAACAUUGCCGAGCGCACCAGUGCCAACUACUCUAGCAUGUUGGUGGACGUCAUCAGGGGCCAGCCGACCGAGGUCAACUCGAUCAAUGGAGUGAUCGUCAAGGAAGGUGAGCGUCUCGACGUCAACGUCGCCUACAACAAGAUGAUCAUGGAGAUGGUACUCAAGUGUCACACAUCAUCAUCCAACCGUUUGGAAUCUGCAAGCAUUGGCAAGUUG